AUGGCGCGGUCAGGUGGAUCUGUGAAGGGAACGGAACCGGCCACUAGUACUGGCAACAGUUACGCCAAUUCUGGGGAGAAACGGCCUCUAGAGCCUGAGUCGGACGACCCUGCCCCUAACUCGACGGGCUACAAGAAACCCCGACUACAGGAACGGACGGAUUACACACGAUGGCGCAUGCUGGAUGAGAAAGGUAGACAUACGUGGCAUUAUCUUGAUGACGAUGAGGAUGCUAAGGAAUGGCCCCAAACCACUGCCGACAAAUAUUUCUUAGGCCUUCCCACAGACCUGCCAGAUCUCCCACCUGCCAAAACCCCGCUUGAUGCGGUGAAGAACGGACUCGGAUUCUUCCAGCAUCUCCAACUCCCCCCAGGCAAUUGGGCGUGCGAGUAUGGCGGACCGAUGUUUUUGCUCCCUGGGUUGGUCAUAACGUGGGUUGUUACUGAAACUCCAAUUCCUGAUCACAUCGCAACCGAAAUCAAGAACUACCUCUUCGCUCGUGCCAAUCCCGACGAUGGAGGAUGGGGACUGCAUAUUGAAGGAGAAAGCACAGUGUUUGGCACCGCUAUGAACUAUACGGUAUUGCGUCUCGUCGGCGUUAGUGAAGAGGACCCGAGAAUGAUCAAAGCCAGGGGAACUCUACACAAGAUGGGAGGGGCCCAGAACGGCCCCCACUGGACUAAGUUCUGGCUCAGUGUGCUCGGCGUCUGUCAAUGGGAUAUUGUUAACCCUGUGCCUCCCGAGUUCUGGCUUCUUCCUGACUGGGUGCCCUUCGCGCCUUGGAGAUGGUGGAUUCAUAUGCGCAUGGUGUUCCUCCCCAUGUCCUUUGUCUGGUCGAAACGUUGGAGUUACAAACCAACUCCCUUGAUACUUCAAUUGCGCGAAGAGCUUUUCCAUGAAUCCUACAGCACAGUCGAUUGGGGUGCCCAUCGCAACAGCAUAUACGAGAAAGACAAUUACCAUCCGAAAACAUGGCUGCUAAAACUGGCCAACUGGUUCCUCGUCAAUAUCUAUCCAUAUUUCAGAACUGAGUCUUUGGCAAAGUCCGCCGAGGAUUGGGUAUUCAAACUCAUUCAGAUGGAAGACAAGAACACGGAUUUUGCGAAUCUCGGUCCUGUAAAUGGUCCAAUGAAUCUCCUCUGUUGUUAUAUCCGAGAAGGGCCAAACUCAUAUUCUGUGCGACGGCAUCGAGAAAGAAUGGCAGACUUCCUAUGGGUUAAAGAUGAGGGCAUGUUGAUGAAUGGCACAAAUGGUGUUCAAUCCUGGGAUACUGCCUUUUUGAUCCAAACUGUCAUGGAUGCCGGCCUCGCUGAGGACCCGAAAUGGCGACCCAUGCUGACCAGAGCGUUGGAAUUUCUUGACGAUCAGCAGAUUCGGGAAAAUGUCGAUGAUCAAGCCCUGUGCUAUAGACAGCAACGUAAAGGUGCCUGGGCUUUCAGCACUAGGGAUCAAGGAUAUGCGGUGAGUGACUGCAUCUCAGAGGCGCUCAAAGCUGUCUUGCUUCUGCAGAGGCUUCCUGGAUACCCUAAGCUUCUAGACGAUCAACGAAUUUUCGAUGCAAUUGAUACGUUGCUUACGUAUCAGAACAAAUCUGGCGGCUGUGCAUCAUAUGAGCCAACACGUGGCUCCGAAAGGCUGGAAAUGCUGAAUGCCGCAGAAGUCUUUGGAAGGAUUAUGAUCGAAUAUGACUAUCCAGAAUGCACAACAGCAGUCGUGACAGCACUCUCGCUGUUUACCAAAUAUUACCCUGAUUACCGAGCUGCAGACAUCAAGUCUUUUAAGGGUAGAGCUAUUGAAUAUAUUCGCAACGCUCAGUUCCCCGAUGGUAGCUGGUACGGUAGCUGGGGAAUAUGCUUCACCUAUGCUUCAAUGUUCGCUCUCGAGAGUCUUGCCAGUAUCGGCGAGACUUACGAGAACAGUGCGGAUGUACGGCAAGGUUGCGAUUUCCUCAUUUCUAAGCAAAGAGUCGAUGGUGGGUGGUCUGAGAGCUACCGGUCUUGCGAACGAUCCAUUUAUACCGAGCAUCCCACCGGCUCUCAGGUCGUCAUGACGGCCUGGGCUUGCAUUGCCUUGCUCGAAGCCAAUUAUCCGGAUCGCACACCUAUCGAAAAGGGCCUCAAACUUAUAAUGAGUAGGCAACAACCGAAUGGAGAAUGGCUGCAGGAGGCAAUUGAAGGUGUUUUCAAUAAGAGCUGCAUGAUCUCAUAUCCGAACUAUAAGUUCAUAUUCCCAAUGAAAGCGCUAGGAAUAUUUGCUAAGCGCUACGGCGACACUGCAUUGGUAUAA